AUGAAUUACCUCGAAGACAGUGCGCCCGUGCUCUCUGACCUGCACAAACUCGGUGUGCUCGAGGAAGUGAAGAAGGUCUGUUUUGCCGACGAGAACGCCGUUUGGGGAUGGAGGAAGAUGGGAGGAGACCUCUUGGCCGAGAUGAACUGGGGACUGCUUGCGAAGCGGGGUGAUACACGGCUGGUCAAACCUUACGCGUUGCAGUGCGGACAGCACCUGCUGGUGAAGGUGUUGACCGAGUAUUGCUCGCAGUUUCCUACCACAACGAUCCAUUUUGACCACGCCCUCGUUGGGCUUGCCCAAGAUGAAACGUCGGUGACGGCCGAAGUGUCUCCUUCGGGUGGGGAACAGUUCACGAUCAAGGCCGACUGGGUCCUGGGCUGCGACGGCGGACGUUCGGCGACGAGGAAGUUCAUCGGCCAAUCCCUCGAAGGGUUCUCCUGGCCCGAGAGCUUUGUCGCCAUGAACAUCCAUUUCCCCUUCCCCAAGUAUGGUUGGGGUGCGGCGAAUUUCCUAAUUGGAGGCGAACAUUGGGCGGUUGCUGGUCGCGCCGGACCCGGAAAUGACCCGUGGAGAGUCGCGUACGCAACCGGCGCUGGUAAAUCGAACGAGCAGGUCAUCCUUGAGGCUCCUUUGCGCCUCAAGGAGAUCCUCCCUGGAGACGACCCCUAUGAAAUUGUCAAUUGCUCUCAAUACCGGGUCCAUCAGAGACAAGUCAAGGAGUACAAAGUCGGUCGCGUGCUGUUGGCCGGAGAUGCGGCGCACUUGAACAACCCCAUCGGCGGGUUUGGGUUGACCACGGGCAUGACAGACGCCGGGUGCAUCUCUGACGCUCUGAUAUUGGUCAUCCAAGGAAAAGCGCCUGAAACACUGCUGCAGAGAGCGUGCGACAAACGCAAAGAGGUCUUCGCAACGGUGAGCAACACAGGUUCUCAAGAUUUUAAGCGCAUGGUAGAACAGGACCCCAACAACAUGUCGGAGAAGGAUAGGCAAUUUUUUCAUCGUAUGAACACAGAUGAGGAGUUUCAAGUGGCUACUCUUUUUGGGGUCAUGCGAUUGUACACACCAGUGGAGGAUUUGUUGGAGGACGGGCUCGUUGAAGAGGCGAAAGGGGUCCAGGGCAUAUAG